CCCUAUGCCAAGACCCCGAUAUGUGCGACGUUAACAUUGAAAACCACAGGGGAUAGCAGCACAUCGCGUGUAUGGUAUUGCUGCAACACGAUCACAACACAACCAACAGACAAGCUGUUAUAGUAGCUGCACACACAAAUGAGUCUCGGGGAAUUGCCACCACAACAGUCCGUGGCGGAGAAAUACCGGCGGAAAAUCGGGAAAAUGCCCGGGACGGAGCUGCGGGCUCGGCCACACGCAACGCACGGCUACGAUGUCGGAGGGUGCAAGCGCGGGACCUGCCGACGCCUCACAGGUCUCACAGGCCUCACAGGCUAUUGUUGGCGGUCCUUCCUCUGCAUCUCAGGGAGCUGCCGCUGCGGACCCGAUGGCAAACGGCGAGGCUAUCGAUGAGAUGCUAGCCGCCAACGACCCCGUCAUAAACAGCAACGGCAAACGCGCGUACCCGGAGCCCAGCUUCCCGAUCGAGCGGUCAGGAGCAGUGGGAGGGAAAGGGAGCUACCGCAUCCGGUUCAAACUGAACGCGGCGGCCUACACACGGGAGAUCUGCCCGUGUGACGGUCAACCGGUGGGCAACAACGGCGCGGCGAAAGUUCUCCAGGUGCCUCGGAAGCGUAUCAUCGAGUGGCUGAAGCAGGAGGAGCAGCUCUGGGAGAAGGUCAGCGCCAACCCCAAGCUUUCGAAGGCCAAGCAGGUUCACAGCGGAGCGAAAGCUUCGACAGUCGACGCCGAACAAGCCCUUGUUGACUACAUCAACGAGAAGCGCAAGCAGCACCGCGGUUGUGGUAAUCGGGAGGUGAUGAACAAGCUGCUCGAGCUGAAGCCUGACACCCUUGGCGGGAUGCCGGCGAACGCGAAACCGGAGGAGGCGCUGGCUUUCAAGGUCAAAUUCAACUCCUGAUACCAACGGUUCCGCAAGCGGAAUGAGUUCAGCAUCCGCCGGCGUACCAGCGUCAGGCAGAAACUGCCGA